AUGCCGAACCUGGACCCGAAGAGCAUUCCACUAGCCUACGAAAACCUACGCUCAGAUUCAAUAUCUCAGAUAAAUAAAGAUGACUUUAUCUCCGCAUUCGUAGAAUCUCAAAAGACUUUCCUGGCUACAUACGCUACGGAGGGCCGAGCUUCGUGGGAUAUGGAACUAUCUGGUACCACCCAUCUGCCUCCAUCCACUGAUGAAGAUCCGGAUAUUGUCAGCUUUGGGUUCAACACACCCAUCUUAAAGCCUCGCGUACACAAGGGGCAUGCUCAACAAUCCGGUCAAUCUAAUAAGAAUGUGACUACUGCUAAGCGCACUCGCAGAGACUCAGAAAUUGCCCAAACUCCCAACAAGAACAUCUCUCUGCUCAAUGGUGAAUGUUCACCCAAGGUUUCCGAAACCGCGAAACGCGGGCAGAAGAAGCGUCCUACCAAAGGAGUCAAGGCCGUGCAGAAGACGCUCAACGACUUCACGGCUAUCAAGAGCCAACCACCCAAAUCGACUAAGGCCGCGGGCACUAAACGCAUGAGAAGUCCGAGUGAUACAGACGAAGAACGAUCAGCGCGCAUGGCCGAGAGGCGCGAGCGGAGAAGGAAGAAACGAACCAUCGUGCAGCCGAAAGCCGAUCAUAAUAACGAAGAACGAGUGGACAAGCACCCCGGCAAAAAGCGAGGAGAAAAAACCAAAGGAUUCGCUGCUGGCCUAGCACUUAUGCAUGGAUUCUCCGCUAAGAACAUCGGCAAGCAGAGACUCACGUUGCCUCCCGAUCAAAACAUCGGCGUAUUCAGCAAGGGAAAGGCAUCGGCGAAGGUUGCAGUGGAGAGUGCCUCGAAGAAGCGUACUGGCUUGAUACAUUUCUCAGAGACCAAAUUCUUAGGCAACAUCCGAUGCAGUGCACCACACGCGUCCGACAGCGAAGGACCCUCCACACGGUGUUCUUCUCCGUCUGGAGAACUCAAAGAGCCGCCUAAGCGCUGUCAGAAGAACAAACACCGCUCAGAGAUAUCAAAUGCUCCAAGCAGUCAGGGGAAUGAAGAGACUCGAUUGAAGAGAAAUGGGUAUUCCGCCGGAGGGAGUACUGUCGACGAAAGCGUAUCGAAUUCGGGGGCAGACCGAGAGGCGAAGCAAAAGAAGCUAUCUGAAUCUAUAGUUUGGGAUAUUGAAUGCAAUACGAUCAGCCCGAGCAUUCGAUCUGGUGUUUCGCUGCCGCAGGAGCCAGAUCAACAAGAAGGUUCGAUGAUACUAGAUACUCGUGGUUUACCUUGGGGAGAUCCUCAAAGCAUGGAACUCCCACCAGAAGCUACGCGGAGUGACCAUGCGGUCACUCGAGAUGAUUGCAGGCUUGAAGAGAAGCCGUAUAUUCAGGAGGGGUUCGCCGGAAGGAGUAGAGAUGGUGCAUCGAGUGCAUCUCUGGGUCCUUGGCAGUCAGCUUCUCAGAUUGGAAAGCUUACUCCCGAAGCUGUUCACGAGCCACUGGUCUCAAAAUACUUCGACCUACCCAUUUCCACAAGGAUUCCAGCGUCCGGGAUCAGUAACCUGCAGGAUGAAUCCCUCAUUCAGCCUGAUAGGCUGCAAGGAGAUCAAACCGAAGAUUUUAUAUGUGGUUCCCGCAAUCCAACAUCAACCACGGAGGUUCAAAGGAAAAUGAAACACGACAUUAUGAAUGGGAUCUCAUCGGACGCGAGUCUAUCUGAUCAUACCGCAUUCUCUUCGAUGUCCAUCGACUCUUUAGAACGUGAGCUUCUUGCACUGGGAACUUGUAGGACCCCCAUAGGCUCCCCAAGAGUAUUUCGUGGAGAAAAUCCUGCCACGGAAGAGAUCAUGAGUAAUCUUGACGGCCUAUACGUUCAGGAUCCGCUAAUGGCGAAGCCUGACUCUCAAUCCGGCGUCGAUGGCCAGUUUGAUUAUUCCCAUCGCCAAUUUCAAGGCGUACUGCACAGCGAAUUCGCUGAAACCUGUAUGGACGACCUGGAUGACGACACACGCUACGUCACGCAACCUGAAGUAUACGACGCUCAAGAUGUCGACCACGCAUGUGCUCCCUAUCACCAAAGAUUACGGCCGGAGGAGCUGCCUUAUGAAUAUGAGCAAUCAGAUAAUUUCGACGACUUUCAAUACGUACAGACUUCGACUCUUGCGCCCACCGGCGUAUUGGAAUUCGAUUCAAUGGUCAAUAAUGACUACUCUGGCAAAUGUAUCGUGCUUGACAGGGAGUUUGAUGGACAGGCAGAUCUUACAAUUAGCGACAACGAUUUCGACACGGGUUAUCAGGUUGAAGGAUCAUACCUUGACCCUGGGUGCUGUGGCGCAUCACCGUGGCGCCUGCGCUCGGAUCGAGAGAGGAGCAUGUCUCCAAGCGAUCUGUCGACCGUGCCAGAGGCCAACUUUUCUCAAGGUCGCGCUCUCCUCUUAGGUUUACAUGACCGUGACAUGGCCAACACCCCUUCGGAGUACCACUGCAUGUUAUCCAAGAUGGAGAUCGACGUUGCCAAGUCUCUUAAGGGGCAUUGGCUUCCUCAGAGAGCGUAA